CACAGUAUUCAACCUGUGUGGUUGUUUAGUUUCACUUGCGAUUUAUUUUUAUUACGUUCGUGUUCUUCAUAUACGUUUCAAUUAAAUAAAUUGUGUGAUUUUUUUUUACAAUGAAACGCUGUUCACAAAGUAAUAAUUCUACGAUGAACGAAGACAACGAAGGUGCUUCGUGUUCUAAAAUUGGGUCAACAAAUAUUAAUAAUUGUCAUACGAAAAAUGCUGAUUGUAAUAAAAAACUUAAAAUUAAUACCGAUGAACCUGAAGCUCAAAUUGGCUUAAUUAAUGAAACUACAAAUCCCUAUGAUGAUAAUACAGAUCAUGAUCUAGUAUUGAAAUCUUUAAAUGAUAGGAACCAAGAAAAUUGUAUAAGCUGGGAUGAUAUUUUCAUGGCUACAGCAUUAUUGAUGGCUAAACGUAGUAAAGAUCCUGUAACACAAGUUGGUGCUUGUAUUGUUAAUUUAGACAACAUCAUCGUAGGCACUGGAUAUAAUGGAAUGCCUAAAGGAUGUAAAGAUGAUGAUUUUACAUGGGCUAAAAAUAAAGAUUCAAUAUUAGACAGCAAAUUGACGUACGUAUGCCACGCUGAAAUGAACGCUGUGUUAAAUAAAAGCUCUAUCGAUUUGAAAGAUUGUAUCAUAUAUGUAUCGCUUUUUCCGUGUAAUGAAUGUGCAAAAAUAAUUAUCCAAUCCGGUAUCAAAAAAGUAGUGUAUUUGUCUAAAAGAAAAUCGAGUAAAUAUGAAGCAUCUGAAAAGAUGUUUAAAGCAACGGGUGUAUUAACGAAACAACACACUCGAAAACAGAAUAUUACACUUAAGUUUUAACGAAUUUCCUAAUACUCCAGAAAAAUCAUAUUAUAAAUGGGUUAC